CAAAUUGGCUCCUCCAAAUGGUUCUUACGAAGCCAUUUGUGGUACUCAGGUUCGACGAACCCCUAAUGAUUUUCAUGGACCAAGAAACGCGGCGAAGAAUUUAUCCCUUCCCUGGUUUUGGAAAGGAUAUUGA